UCACCCAUGGAGCCGUGGGCACACGGUGAGGAGGAGACAGGAGAGAGAGGGCGGCCAGUUGAACAGUGUGUGCUGCUGAAGGUGCCAGCGAGGCAGUAAUUCAACUGGAGGUGUGCAUUUGUUUGCCUGAGCCAGGGAGGCGUGUGUGAGCUUUUGGAGACCGUCUAUAGUUGGUUCCAGGUGAGGGUGCAGGGCCAAGUACCCGGCUGUAGCGGCAAGAGGGGCCUUUGACUGGCACGUGAAAGAGGAUGUCAUGACUGUCAAGGUUGGACGAUUAAAGAUGGAGCUCAACAUUACUGUGACAGUGAAGACACUUAUCGUCGUAUGCAGCAGCCUUUGUCUCACCUUCACUGGAGCCUCAGAGACGGAGCGGAGGCUCCACCAGAAGAUUUUUGAGAACUACAACAUGAAGGUCAGACCAGCUCGUUACUGGGAGGAGAAGGUGAUGGUGCGCGUUGGGAUGACCCUCUCUCAGCUCGUCAGCCUGAAUGAGAAGAACGGUGAGAUGACAACCAACGUGUUCAUGAAUCUGGCAUGGACAGACUACAGGUUGUCAUGGAACCCUGAGGAAUAUGAAGACAUUAAUGUUUUGAGGAUUCCUCCCAACAAGGUGUGGCGUCCCGACAUCUACCUCAUAAACAACAAUGACGGUCAGUUUGACGUGGCCUUGUAUGUCAACGUCUUGGUUUACAGCGAUGGGACAGUCAACUGGCUUCCCCCAGCCAUCUACCGCAGCUCCUGCUCCAUAGAGGUGGCGUACUUCCCAUUUGACUGGCAGAACUGCAGCAUGGUUUUCCGCUCGUACACCUAUGAUGCCUCCGAGGUGGACCUGCAGUACUUCCUGGAUGAUCAGGGCAAAGAGAUCCAGGAGAUAGUAAUAGAUGAGAAUGCUUUCACUGAGAACGGAGAAUGGGCUAUCUGUCACAAACCCUCGCGGAAGAACAUUAAGGAGGACCUGUAUGAGGACAUCACUUUCUAUCUCGUCAUUGAGAGGAAGCCUCUUUUCUACAUCAUCAACAUCAUCGUGCCCUGCAUCCUCACCAGCGUGUUGGCCAUAUUUGUCUUCUACCUGCCUCCCGGAGCAGGGGAGAAGAUGACUCUCUCAAUUUCUGUCCUCAUCGCUCUGACCGUCUUCAUGCUGCUGCUGGCCGACAGAGUCCCAGAGACUUCCCUCGCCAUCCCAAUUAUUGUCAACUACGUCAUGUUCACCAUGAUCCUGGUGACCUUCUCUGUCAUCCUCAGCGUGGUUGUCCUCAACCUGCACCACCGAACGCCCAGCACACACAUCAUGCCAAACUGGGUUCGAAAGGUGUUCAUUCAUUUCCUGCCAAAGUACAUCGGCAUGAAAAGGCCAGGCGAAGAGGAACCUAUGUUAAAGAAGUCUAAUGAUGACACACCUAUCCAAAGCUUCAAUGGACGGCAGCCCGGGGGAGAGUACUUCUUUCGCAAGAUCAACCCUGAUCUCGUCAUACCCUGGAGAGACAAAUGCGAGAGCACAGUGCAGCUCCAGCGCCUCCCCAACACCGACAGCUACUGUCUGAUCCUCCCUCCCAACCUGAAGUCAGCCAUCGCCGCCGUGACAUACAUGGCCGAGCAGCUGAAGAAGCAGGACACGGAUGACACGAUGACAGGAGAUUGGCAGUUCAUUGCUCUGGUGGUGGACCGUCUCUUCCUGUGGCUGUUUGUCAUCAUCACCACCCUUGGAACCCUGGCCAUGUUCUUAGAUGCCAGUUUCAACUACACUCCCGAUGAGCCCUUCCCAUAGAAGACAAAACACACACACACACACACACACACACACACCAGAUCUGGCUUUCCAUAAAUACCUGUUAAAUAAUGAUGCUGUUGACCUCUAAUUGUACAUUAUACAUUUUGCAUAAAUAAUAGUACACAGGCGUGACACACAGCUGGAAUAAAAAAACAGAAUCCAUGUAUAGAUUUGUAGAAGGUAAAUGUAUAUGUGGUAACACUCAGUGGUUUUUGUCUAAAUCAUGUAUUUACAGUAACAUAUUGUGAUGUUCUUCAUUUGUGUGUAAAAGCUUGAAAUACAUGUUUCUUGAAAGUUACAGUGUACGUGUUAUUUAAAAAAACAUCAUUAAAGAUGUGCUUUUUCAAGUAUGAAGCAAACUCUGAA